AUGAGUGCUCCAUUAAUCCCAAACAAAUCCUGUUAUGCUCAGCUUCAGGACAACCUCAGUGAGAUAAAAAAUAAUAAUGAAAGCAUAGUAAGUGUGGGGGAUACCAAUGCCAACCAAAUUGUGACAAAAAUUAGAAGCACUGAAGAUGUUAAGAAAUGCAAUUUGACUGAUGAGAGUGGAAAUACACACUCUGGAGGAUCAGAGAAAAUUACUCAUCUGAAUACAGAGCAGAAUAAACUUCUGACCUUCAGAGACUCUCGGAGCUGUCACACCAGUGCACAAGAAAGUAAGCUGCCCUCCACCACAAGCAGGGAAAUAAGGAAAGAUUGUAGGACUGGUGAAGCUAAGGAUAUAUCAAGGCAGAUCAGGAUUAGCCGAGGACAAAGUUUGUCCAAUUUAAGAAGUAGCACAAAUGAUGCCAACCUGGAGGUUUUUCCCAAAGGUGAUGUUGACUUCACCCCAAACUUUCCUAAGGGGAAAGUGUCCAGGACUGUGGAGAUGGAGAGAAUAAAAAGGCUUUCUUUGGGAAGACCAAGUAAGUUCUCUCCUCAAUCUGAAACGUUUGCAAAAGACUGCGUCGGCCGCGUGUCGUGUAAGCGUCUGCUUUCUGCAUCACUGGACUCCAUCGACAGGUCACACCAUUUGAUAGGAAACACAGAAAAAUCACAGAAAACACCCAACGAUCACUUUCUUGGGAUGGUCUUUCAUCCGCUUGACAAUACCUCAGAGGAAAACAUUGUUUUUUAUUCCAAACCAUCUACCUCAGGGAACAAGAAAAUAAGCAAACCAGAAAAUGUACCAAAUGUUAACACUGAAAGCACACUGCAUACUUCUCAUUCUCAACAUUCAAUCGUUAAGCCCAAUGAGAUUGCUAGUAAAUCAGAAGCACAAUUAGGUCAGGGUGGUAAAAGUAAAAAGCUGGAGCUUAAGACUGCACCAUCUCUCCAAUCCAAAAAUACAUGUCAACAAAAGGCUGAGAAAAUUAUGCCAGCAGAGUUCAUGGGAUCCCAAAAAGAUGAAAAUACAGCAAUGCAGGAACAGAAAGGCUCUGUGUCUGAUGCAUCAAAAUUUCAAGCAUCUCAUUUUCAAGACAAUAAAGUAGAGGAUUCAUUGUCAAGUCAGGUGGUAACCCAUCCUGAUGAUAAAUUGUUAUGUGAUAACGUCACCGUUGUUGGGGAGGGGAGAGGAAGCAGUGACAGUGACAACACAGCAACUAGCCAGGCUGGUGAAGAAUAUUUUACUGAAAAAGAAGUGGAAACAAUAUUCCCAUUCACCUGUGGCAGUAUAUCCAGCGGAAAAGUGACACCUCAUGAAAAUGAAAAUUUACACAAAGUUGACACAGGUUGUGUUGAAACAGUUGGUGAACAGCUCUCUCUUAUACAUAACAUUAAUCUACCUAGCAGCAAACCCUUGAAAGUUAAUGAGAAUAAACUGAUGCUAGUCAAAGGAACCACUGAGGAUGAUGCUUUGCCUUCUUCUGAUCUCUCAGCUCAGCAUGGAGCAGAGACAGUGUCAAACCAACAACCUGAUAACCAUGAUAGUGAUGUGGAAUCCUUGAGCUUUUCAGUCCCUAGUAAAAAGACAGCUAAUUUACAGAAACAGCUUCCAGAUGAAGCUCCAGGGAUCUGUAAGUUUUCAGCAAAGGCUGAUGGCUUUUUAUGUGUCCCAACUCUCAUGCACCCGAUGGCAACGCAGGAUGUUAAUAGUCAGCCCUCACUGUCAAACAGUAAUUUGAAGGACCUUUAUGCACUUCAUGCUGACAAACUGUCACCCUCCUCAGUCCUACCUCCCACUGACAGUACACAGUUGUUAAACAUAUCCCCUAAAGUGCCUAUCAAGACUGCUUGCAGCAGUGCCAUCCCAAAACCUAUCCUGGUCCACUCCAAGGGCUCCCUUGCAGAGAAGGCAGAUGUGGACAGUGACUGCAGUGAAAAACUGGAAGAAAACAUUGAGGUGAAACCUGCCAUACCCAGGCCCAAACCUGUGAGACCUAAAAUCAUCACAUACAUUAGAAGAAACCCUCGUUCAAUGGAGCAGCUUGACCCUUCUUUUGCACCGCCAGGGCUUCCCUUCGGUACCCCCACAUGUGGCAUGGCCAUCUCUACAGAGCAGAAGGCAUGCAAUGGAGGAGAGGUGAAGCCUCCCAAUAUCCUGUAUGACAAGUUUAAACCUGAACUCCAGAAGCCAAGGCUCUUCAGUUCUGGACUGGUGGUGUCAGGAAUUAGGCCUCCAGGCCAUCCUUUUGGUCCAAUGAGUGAGAAGUUUCUUCAGGAGGCUGGGGAAAGGCCUGCAAAAGAUGAAUUUUGCCCUCCACCAUAUACUCACUACGAGGUCCCACCAAGUUUUUAUCGAUCUGCCAUGAUCCUCAAGCCACAGCUAGGACUGGGUGCAGUGUCCAGGUUGCCAUCUGCAAAAAGCAGGAUUCUCAUUGCAAGUCAAAGAUCCUCAGGUAGCUGUCUCCAUCAGCAAGGAGAAAUAACAAGUGCUCCCAGCCUCUAUCAUCCUGAUGCUUCAGUUGAUCUUAAGAAAGGCUCAUGCCCAAGUGCUGUGAAGUCAAACCUUCCCAAGCCCUGCCAGUCUGGUCUCCGUCCUCCAGGCUACUCCCGGUUGCCAGCAGCCAAACUGGCAACGUUUGGUUUUGUCAGGAGCUCAAGUGUGUCCUCUGUCUCCAGCAACCAGUCAAACGAGAGCACCCAGAGUGACCAAAGCAGGACAACCAACCGUUCCACCUUUGGAAGUGAAGAGCAAACCACUCCUAAGGCAUCCACGCCUCUUAAAGAUGUCCCCAGGGGGAGCAGCAAGAGCACCACACAGGCACCCAGCAGCACAGCAACCCCUCGCAGGAGCUUACUGCCAGCACCAAAAACUGCCACAGCACCUGCUGGUCUGAAGAAAGAAGUACAAAAAGAUCAGGAUGCUAACAGACCAGCUGUCUCAUCCCCUAAGAAAUCAGCUGUAACAGCCACCAAGCUUCAUUCACCAGGACAUCCCAAGCAAAGACCAGCCACUCCAAAGAAUGGAUUCUCCCCCAAACCAGGAGAGAGCCGAGAUGCUGAGAAGCAGUUCAUUCAGAGGCUGAAGGAAAAGUGUGAUGAGCAGUCCCGACGACUGAGCAAUAUUCAGGAUGAAUUUAAAAGGGCCAGCUGUGGCUUUGAUGUCUUUGCUAUAACAACACAGCACUUUUUCAGGCAGAAUGAAAACGACCUUGUGAAAAUAAAGGAGUUAGAAGUCGAGCUUGCAAAGAUCAGAGAUGAAGUUGCCCUCAGUAUAGCAAGGUGGAAGAAACUGCAGAGGGAGAAGGAGGAGCUGGAGAGGAGCUUUGAAGAGGAGAUGAAGCAGCUUCAGAGACAGCAGCAGGAGGAGUUGCAGGCACUGGAGUUGCAGCUGCAGGAGGAGUGCAACACCAAGAGGGAGUGCCUGCAGGAGCAGCACAGGCUACAGAUGGAGCAACUCCAAUUGCAGCAUCAGGAUCAGGUGGAAGAUAUCACAGCUGUCCAUGAAGCUGCAAUGUUACAGCUGGAAAAUGACCACAUAGUUGCCAUUACAGUGCUGCAGGAUGAGAAUGACUGCAAGAUUCGAGACCUGAAUGCUACCCACAAACUGGAAAAGGCACAAUUAGAAGAGAAUUUUGAAAAACUGCGGCUAUCACUCCAGGACCAGAUAGACACCCUCACCUUCCAGAACCAGUCUCUUAAGGACAAAGCAGACCGAUUUGAAGAGGCUCUGAAGAAAAACACUGAGGAGCAACUGAAGAUUGAACGAGCUCCAUAUCUGCACUUAGAAGAAGAUCUGGAAAGCUUAAAACAUGUUCUGGAAAUGAAGAACCAUCAGAUUCAUCAGCAGGAGAAGAUGAUUAUGGAGCUACAAAAGCAGGCUGAAAAAAACUUGAAACUGGAAGAAAAAAUCAUCAUGCUGCAACAGCAGAAUGAAGAGCUCAGAGCCAGGAUUGAGCAAAAUACUGUCAUCACAAGGCAAUUGUCAGAGGAGAAUGCCAAUCUUCAAGAAUAUGUUGAGAAAGAAGUGGAGGAGAAGAAGAAGCUGAGCAGGACAAACGAAGAGCUCCUCUGGAAGCUGCAGGAAGGAGAGGCCGUGAGCCCUGUGAAGCUUCUACCCCCACCAUCCACUUCUUUGUACCGCUGCUCACCAGGGAACUCCUCUCCAGCAAAAGUCAGAACCUUGCGGCGAUGA